AUGGAGAAGGUGCCAAAGACGCUUGUAGUCAAAUCCGGACUAGUCGGUCGCGCAGUCAGCGCUCUUGUCAGCGAUGUCCGGCACGUAAUGGAACCCAACACAGCGAGCAAGCUGAAGGAGCGCAAGAACAACAAGAUCAAGGACUACGUCGCUGUCAGCGGCCAGCUCGGACUCACCCACCUACUCCUAUUCUCGCAAACCGAAACCGGAACAAACCUCCGCAUUGGCCGCGUCCCUCGCGGACCCACGCUGUACUUCCGCGUUAACGCAUACUCCCUGGCCAAGGACUGCCUGCGCCUGCAGAAAACCCCGCAUUCAUCCGAGGCCGAGUACAAGACGCCGCCGCUGAUCAUCCUUAAUAACUUUGGCGGCGAGGAUAAGGGCAAGGAGCUGAAGCUUAUGACCGCGAUGCUGCAGAAUAUGUUCCCCUCCAUUAACCCCUCCACUCUGCAUUUGGCAGAGGCCCGGCGUGUGGUUUUGUUCAACUACAAUGAGGAGACUGGUAUGGUGGACUUUAGGCAUUACACCAUUGUGGUCAAGCCCGUAGGCGUCACCAAGGGUGUGAAGCGCGUGAUCAUGGCCAAGAACCUGCCCUCAAUGGCUGGCUUCGAUGAUAUCAGCGAGUAUGUUUUGCGCGAGGCCUUUGCCUCCGAGAGCGACGUCGAGGAUGGGCCCGAGAACUCCGUCACUUUGCCCCAGGACUACGUUGGUCGCGGCAACAAGAAGGACGACCAGCGCGCGGUCCGGCUGCUGGAACUUGGCCCGCGCAUGGAGCUGCGGCUGAUGAAGGUCGAGGGCGGGCUGGGCGAUGGCGAUGUGCUGUACCAUAAUUAC